UUCUUAUAUUUGUAACACAAUCAUACGUCUUCUUUUAAAAUUUUAAAUCUUUUUAAAAAAAAAGAAACCAAAAAUGUCUCAACUUCCCGCUGAUUGUUUGUAUGAGAUUUUCAAAUACUUAGAAAAUGAUAAAGUUACUUUAAAUUCAUGUAUAUUAGUUAAUCGAUUUUGGUGUGAGGUUUCGGUGAGGAUUUUUUGGAGAAAUGUUUGGAAUUAAAAUACUUUAAAUUUUAGAACUUUAAUUGCUUGCCUUUCAAACAAGUCAUAAGAAAUUUUAUGUGAGAAUGGAAUUAUUAUUUCGACCCCAACUUCAAAAUUUCCAACUUACAAUUAUGCAUCAUUUUGUAAAGUUUUAUCAGUUGAACAAGUUUUAUAAUAAGAUAAAUUUACUUCUUAAAAGAACUAUUUCAUCAAAAGAUUCCAAUAAUAUUAAACAUAUGUUACCAAUAGUAGUACAAGAAAUAUUUAAAUUGUUUAUAAAACAUGUAUCUUCUUUAAAAAAAUUAGAAAUAUUAUCAUUUUGUCAAUGGCAAUCUCCACCCAAUGUCGGACAACUUCCCGACAACCUUUUUUCCGACAUACCCUUUACCCGACAACGAUUACCCGACAAGACAUAUUCCCGAAUGAACAUUUUACCGACAUGACACAUUCCCUAAUGGACAUUAUACCGACAUGCUAUUUUUCCUGACAUGACAUUAUCCCAACAACAC